AUGACUGCACCAAAAUCUGCAUUGCUGAUUGGCAACUUGGCUCAUGCUCGCAAAGAAUGGGAAGCACUCAAAUCAAUAGCCGAGUUAAAGGAAUACGAAACAGGUACACGAGAAGAUUUCAUCGCGAAAUGUAAAGCCGGCGAGUUCGACGACGUCGUCGGUCUCUACCGAUCGAACGACUCCACCAGCGUCACCGGACCUUUCGAUAAGGAGCUUGUCGAUGUGCUACCGAAGAGCUUGAAGUAUAUAACACACAACGGAGCUGGCUACGACAAUAUCAGUGUUCCAGCAGUGACGGAUCGCGGUAUCCAGGUCAGCAGCACACCAAUCGCAGUAGACGCUGCAACGGCAGACGCAGUUGCACUCUUCCUCCUGCUCGGCGCUCUUCGUAGAGUCUCUAUACCCUUCCUCGCAUGCCGACGAAAAGAAUGGAGAGGCAAAAACUUCGCGCUCGGCCACGAUCCUAAGAAUAAAAUCCUCGGAAUACUUGGCAUGGGCGGCAUAGGCCAGGCAGUUGCAGAAAGAGCAAAGGCAUUCGGAAUGUCGAUACAAUACCACAACAGGAACCGACUACCUGAAGAGAAAGAGCGUGGAGCGAAGUAUGUCUCAUUUGAUGAUUUGAUGCGGACCUCGGACGUUAUUAGUCUGAAUCUUGCUCUGAAUCCGUCAACUCGCCAUAUCAUUGCCAAACCACAAUUCGACAUGAUGAAGGAUGGUGUGGUCAUCGUGAAUACCGCAAGAGGGCCAAUCAUCGACGAGGCUGCCCUAGUGGAUUCUCUGAACUCUGGCAAGGUGUUCUCGGCUGGUCUCGAUGUCUUUGAAGAAGAGCCCAACAUCCAUCCUGGACUACUGGAGAACGAGAACGUUGUCCUGCUUCCUCACAUUGGCACAGCUACAUGGGAAACGCAGAGGGAGAUGGAAAUAUUGGUCCUCGACAAUCUGAAGUCGGCGAUAGAGGGCAAAGGUCUGCUUACGCAGAUACCGGAGCAGAAAAAGGUCUAA